UUCUGUGUUUACAAUGGCGGCUAUGGUGUUAGCUAAAUGAAGGAAAUUCAUUUAUACAAAAUCACCGAUUAUCUGAUAUUUUUUAGAUUAAGCGUGAGAAACAUUUUUGUAGUCCACUAGGUUAUAUACAGUUUUCGGUACAAUGACGAAUAGAACAGCAUAUUUUUAUGACCCGGACGUGGGGAACUUUCAUUAUGGUGCGGGACACCCAAUGAAACCUCAUCGGCUCUCCCUAACGCAUAGUCUUGUUCUGCACUAUGGCCUCUAUAAAAAGAUGAUGGUGUUCAAGCCAUACAAAGCGUCCCAGCAUGACAUGUGUCGGUUCCACUCUGAGGAUUACAUAGACUUCCUGCAGAAGGUCAGCCCUAACAACAUGCAGGGCUUCACGAAGAGCCUCAACACCUUCAAUGUAGGCGAUGACUGCCCUGUGUUUCCUGGCCUGUUUGAGUUCUGCUCCAGGUAUACCGGAGCCUCACUACAGGGAGCAACACAAUUAAACCACAAGAUAUGUGACAUUGCCAUCAACUGGGCUGGAGGUCUCCAUCACGCCAAAAAAUUUGAGGCCUCUGGAUUUUGCUAUGUGAAUGACAUUGUCAUCAGUAUACUGGAACUGUUGAAAUACCACCCCCGCGUGCUGUACAUCGACAUCGACAUUCACCACGGCGACGGGGUGCAAGAAGCCUUCUAUCUGACAGACCGCGUCAUGACCGUGUCCUUCCACAAGUACGGGAACUACUUUUUCCCCGGGACAGGUGACAUGUACGAGGUGGGGGCGGAGAGCGGUCGGUAUUACUGCCUCAACGUGCCGCUCCGUGAUGGGAUUGAUGACCAGAGUUACAGACAACUGUUCCAGCCUGUCAUCAAGCAAGUGGUGGACUUCUACCAGCCUACCUGCAUCGUUCUCCAGUGUGGUGCCGACUCCCUGGGCUGCGACAGACUGGGCUGCUUUAACCUCAGCAUUAGAGGCCACGGGGAGUGUGUGGAGUUUGUGAAGAGCUUCAAGAUCCCCCUGCUGGUUCUGGGAGGAGGAGGGUACACCGUGCGCAACGUGGCCCGAUGCUGGACCUACGAGACCUCUCUGCUAGUAGAAGAGUCCAUCAGCGAUGAACUGCCUUAUAGUGAGUAUUUUGAGUAUUUUGCCCCAGACUUCACGCUCCACCCAGACGUCAGCACCAGGAUAGAGAACCAGAACUCCCGACAGUACCUGGAGCAGAUCCGCUCCACGGUGUUUGAGAACCUGAAGAUGCUGAACCAUGCUCCCAGCGUGCAGAUCCACGACGUUCCCUCAGACCUGCUGAGCUACGAGCGCGCGGACGAGGCCGAUCCUGACGAGAGAGGCUCGGAGGAUAACUACUCCAGGCCGGAGGCAGCCAAUGAAUUCUACGAUGGUGACCACGACAAUGACAAAGAGAGCGAUGUGGAGAUCUGAUUGGUCGGCCCCCGCUGAAGGCGUUUCCCUCUGUGAGGACUGCGGUUGGGUGGGAAGUCUGCCGACAGGCAUUACUAACCGAACAGUAGAAGAACCAACAACAUUAUAUAACUCUCCCUACAGAUAAAGGACUGUCUCUCUUUCCAUCUGGGUGACUUGACUACAAUGUUAGAGUGAGGCGAUGGAAGCCAUCUUAAAACCAGAGUUCUUUUCAAUUUUGUCCUUUUUUUUGUAUGUACAUGAAUUGUUGUUUUGAAUGUGUAAAGGAACUAUCCCCCCCCCACACACACACACCGAAAUGGUACAGUCCCCUACUGUAUGAAGCACUUCCUCAGAAUGGCCGGUUAAAUGCGAAGGGGUGGCCUUAAUUGGACAAAGUGAGUUGAGUUACAGACCUGUGUGUUUUUGAAGCUCUCGGUUGACAUCCUGGUGGCUCUGCCGGAGUGACCCUGGACAGGGAGGAGGUGACAUUGUCCCUGUUUCCAAGGUCGAAAUUCAAAGGAACUAUUUCGGUAAUCGUUGGUUUCACCCUUGACAGUCAUGUGGUCAUUGAGUGCAUCGUCAACCUCUGCCAGUCUAGCUGAACCAGCAGUCUAUACCAACAGGCAGGUUACAACAGACAACCUUCCACUAUGUAUACACAUAUAUCAAGUCAGAAUGUGUUUAACUUUUUUUUCUUUUUUUUUUAUUGACAAGAAUACUGUUUUUGUAACAAGAAAUGCAAAUAAAUGGGACAAAUAACCCAGUCGAUUUAA